GGGGUGGGGGUGACGAAAUCGUGCGGCAGGGAUCUUCGCAUGAAGGAAGGCAGACUCUGGUGGUCAAUCGGGCGCCGCGCACCGCAGCAGUGACGCGUCACUGCACCCCUGUUUUUCGAGUUGCACGUGUUUCUUUCCUCUUCACCGACGCUCACCCGGUUAAAUCGUCCUUCGUCUUGCUUCCUUUUGGUCAGCACGCCGCGACGACGACCGAUAAGCAGCGAAUCGACGCGCUGACGUUUGACACCCCCGGGAUAACGUAAACGGUACCAAAACCAUCGAUGGUAACGGACUGCGAACGACUGGUACCGCGACGACGUCGUUCCGUUUCACGUUCCGUCGAACGCAGCGUGAGAUUGUCGUCGUUACUCGUGCCGAUUCGUACGGGGACCUGGGUUCCCCGUAGAUCGAUCCGUCGACGCUGCCAGUGUGGAUUCCGUGACGAGCACGCUUCCGUUAAACUGUGCAUUCUCAGUGAUCAGUGAGAGCGUUCGCCGAGGCUUCGAUUGAGUUCGUCUUUUGAUAGACGGAUCGAGGGGCUCGAUAAAGCAAGCCGUUAUUUCGUCGAGCCACGGUCGACAAAGUGCUGUGAACGUCGCGACCAGGAGACACGUAGCUGCGGAUUGUGCUUUUAGCUGGUGACUGGAUCCGGCCUGACCACGGCCAUUCUCGACACGCACUGUGUUAGCGUGGCCGGAGGUGGCGGCGGCGGCGGAGGUGGCGGUGGAGGCGGUGUCACGGUCGCCGGCAGUCGGCUGAACCUGCACCUUCGUUCUUGCGGGGGCAGCGGUGGCGGCAUCGCCGGAAGUGACAGCGCUUCGGAUUACCCGCCAAGCGCUGCGGCAGCGCGGAGCCGGGAGGCGGCGGCGGCGGCGCUGCACGCGGCAAGAACCCUGUUGGGCGCGGGGGUGGCUAACCCUUGCUCACCCACCCCCGAACCGCCCUUCUGGAAGAUGCCACAUAAAGAGGAGGACUUGAUGCACGGGGGUGCGGGUAUUGGCGGGGGUUCUAUGGUCGGACAGAACUCAAUAUUUGGGUGCUCGGCUGCAGGACACAGCGGGGUUAACCAGCUCGGUGGUGUUUACGUCAAUGGUCGACCAUUACCGGACUCCACCAGGCAGAAGAUCGUCGAACUGGCCCACAGUGGCGCUAGGCCCUGCGACAUCUCGCGAAUACUGCAAGUCAGCAACGGAUGUGUCUCCAAGAUCCUUGGGAGGUACUACGAGACCGGUUCGAUAAAACCACGUGCAAUAGGCGGCAGCAAACCACGUGUGGCCACCACGCCGGUGGUUAACAAAAUCGCCGACUACAAACGAGAGUGCCCGUCGAUUUUCGCAUGGGAGAUUCGCGACAGAUUGCUGCAAGAAGGCGUUUGCAAUAACGACAACAUACCGAGCGUAUCGUCCAUCAACAGGGUGUUGAGGAACCUGGCGUCGCAGAAGGAGCAACAGGCGGCAGCGGUGCAGGCGCACCAGGGCGCGGAGAGUGUCUACGAUAAGCUUCGGAUGUUCAAUGGCCAGGCUGCAGGCUGGCCGCCUGCAUGGUAUUCCGCUACGCCCUCUCAUCAUCCCCUGGCCACUGGAAUUCCAACGGCUGCAACCCCCGGCUCUGGCCAGUCCCUGCUACCCGGCAGCCAGCUCCACGGUCGCGACGAUUCUCUGCUGAAACGAAGCGACACCGGUUCUUUAUUGUCGCACCAGCAGGAGACCACGUCGGAUGGCAAUUCGGAGCACAAUUCGUCUGGUGACGAAGACUCACAGGUACGACUGAGGUUAAAACGGAAGUUGCAACGCAACCGGACAUCUUUCUCCAACGAGCAAAUCGACAGCCUCGAGAAAGAAUUCGAGCGGACACAUUACCCGGACGUGUUUGCACGGGAGCGUCUCGCCGAGAAGAUUGGAUUGCCUGAGGCACGUAUCCAGGUGUGGUUCAGUAAUCGGAGGGCGAAGUGGCGUCGAGAGGAGAAAUUACGGAACCAAAGGAGAGCAGCCGUCGAUCAGGUAGUCGGCGGAGGAAGCGGCGGGGGUAGCGGCAGCACCGCGCCACCGGCUGCAACCCCUGCCACGCCACGGUUACCCUUAAACGCUGGAUUCAACGCCAUGUACUCGUCGAUACCGCAGCCGAUCGCUACGAUGCCCGACACCUACAGCUCGAUGUCAAGCAGCUUGGGCGGGUCAAUGGGUGGAAGCUGUCUUCAGCAACGCGCCGAGGGAUAUCCGGCGUACGUGUUCCACGAGCCACUUCACUCGCUGACGCAGUCUUACUCCCACGCGCACAGCACCGCCGCGCACUCGCAACCCCAUCGCGGCAUCCCGACUUCUCAUGGUGGCACCCCCACCACACCAGGAGGACAACCUGCAGGACCAGGUGGUGCGCCCUACCAGCCGACGACCUCGACCGCCACUGGAGUGAUAUCGGCGGGAGUCUCGGUGCCAGUGCAGAUCCCGUCGCAAACUCCCGACUUGGCAGGCAACUAUUGGCCGAGGCUCCAGUGAUCCCAGCUCUUCGGGUUCCCGCCCGCGAGCUUGCUCGUAGGCCAGGAGAGCCCGCCGCCACCGACAGCCACCCCUGGUGCGGUGCCACGGCCGUUGCUGGCGUCCCUAGGGAUACCAACGCAACAUCAGCCCCCGCACACGCCGGCCACCACUCCCGUGCACACCUCCGACACCAGUGAGUGAGAACGAACCGAUCAAUCCUCUCUGAACGCUCUUUUCCAGAGAUGGUUCGCGUAGCGCGACGAUUACCAUCGCGGUUAGCCGUUUGUCCGACGAAUUGUUGACCUCCAUCACUUCGUUCGAGGAGAGGAGGCCACCUCGCGGCGAGGAUAGGAUUCGACGAGAUGGGCAAAAUUGUUUAGAUCAAACAUUUCAAGGGGGAAUAGAAUAUACGUAAUUGCUUUGUUUAAUUUUGUAAAUUUCAAGAAUAGGUUGAUGUACGUUGGCUUUAUUUGUGGUGCAUUAUGUUUUGCUUAUCUCUGAUCUAGGAGACGCGGUAUGAAAUCGUGGCACGGUACCGGAAGUUAGCUUCAGCAGUGCUUGUAGAGCGAUUUGUACUCAGGGUCGAUUUUUGUGACGUAGAGGUUCGUUAUUCGUGUUUAUAACUCGGUUCUAGAUAUGUCUCGAGUGCGUUGCAACUUCUCGAGUCAUAAUUAUCAAUCUUUCAAUGACUCUAUCGUGUUGUAUUCACUUUAUCCACAAUUUCAAGAAUCACUUUUCAUUUAGAGUUAGUCUAAAGACAAUUACAUAUUGCUCACUAGUAUUAAACUCAAAAACAAGGACACCACUGUUUCGUAAUGCCAUUUUGGAAUAGUUACCUAUGCAACCAGUCGAAUCUGCAGUCCAGUACAAGAGCGAAUCGAAAGGAUCGUCGGUAAAAACCUGUUAAGCAGAACGAAUGCAACAGGAGUCGAAAAAAAGGUUAACGAGCCUCUUUAAUUCGAUUAAUUAACCUCGUUGGAGUCGAGCCAAAUUUCGCCCAACCGUCCCUGGUGCUGCUGACGCCAGCUUCGGUGACCGGAAAACAAUAACACAGGCGUUCGGAAUUUGCUAUCGCAACUCUGACGAUCUUGCGGUUAGCUUUCCGAGGUCUCUCGUGGCUAGUCACGAAUUCGCUGUGUUAACACUUCACGGGCCAGUACGGCGCGGAAUCGAUCCGCAUUAGUCGAUUGACGGCGAAGUUUGUGCAACAGAACCUUUAAUCAACAAUUGUAAUCGCAAUAUGCUGCCAGUUUGUUUAUGCAUGCACACUGACGCAAUCUGGCGUAUUUUAUACGUUGGAAAGCUUUCACAGACGAUCUACUAAUGAGGAGGACGAUGUCCACCGUGGUCUGGUCGCGUUAUGUGUGGACCCUUUGCAGACGGACAUUUUGAGUUAGACCUUGAACUAUAAUUCGUGUCACUCGAUGGCUACUUUCCUUCCUAAGCAAUAUUUCAUUUCAAAUCACGCAAACUGGAAACUAGUCGAACGAGACUAAAAUCUAAGAGUCCAUUUUAUAAACUACAAGUUUCCAUCAGUCGAAAUUUCCUAAAACUUUUGAACUACAGAAUAUUGUUGUUAACUCGAGUCUCCAAAGGAUUGAUAUUGUCCAUCUCGUGUGAAGGUAAACGUCUCCACGAAUCGUCUCAGGAUAUCGACGAAGCUAUAGGCCGUUCGGGGAGGGUGGAGCUUGAACCAAAAGGCUCCCUUUUGGUUUACAUUAAAAUCUGGUGGUCGUAGAAGUAUACGCAUGACACCCGGGUCACGCAGGGUAUAAUAAUCCAUCUAUAUACGACAGUAUUGUACAAACGAACGCAACGAGCUUCGCCGCAUAGUAACUGUGUUCGUUGGACGAUCCAAAUGUAAAUUAGACCGACGAUUCGAAUUCCUAAAAGUACAUAAUCGGGAAGUGUUGAACCCAAGGAAUAGCAAUUAAUUGAAUAAGGCAUUUAAAAAAUAUUAAAAUUUGUGAUUUUUGUUUGUUUACGAAAAAACAAAUCUUAUUUCGUAAAAGCACACUGAACGAAGUUUUGCAAGGGAGGUUGAUAAAAAUGUCGAAGGCAUAGUCAUCGAACAUGUUUUUCUGGCAGUAUUUCGCUGCAAACACGAACGAUUCGAGCGAAACGAAAAAGUCAAACGAAUUUCGAAGGUACAAUAGCGUAGUUAGUUAGCUACGAUCGGAAAAGUUUAAAUUUGUUAGGUGAACUGGAACAGCAGUCUUUGAAAUCGAAAACAUCGAUUUCUGUCUACUGUUUGUCGGGUUUUCGAUUUGGGAAAGAUAUAAAGACAAUCAUGAAAAAAAAAAGUUGACAGAGUAUUCCAUAAAAAUGUCAAAAUAACGGAUCAAAUAUUUUUUUCAAGUAUCGUGUUUAUCGAUUUGAAAAAGGCGUCGCUUGAAAUGUCAAAACUUUGUGAAUUAUAUAAUUUUCAGUUAUAUUUUGUGACUAUACUCUGAAUAUUGUAAAUGAUCGAUUUCAUCGAAGUGUUUAGGUAUAUGUAACUCCUUGAGUUCAUGUUUAACACUUUUGGUAUUAAGACUCAAAGCAAUUCAAAACGUUCUAAAUAGUACAGCUUGUCGAGGGUACAUUCAUGGAAAAUCUAUCACACAAAUUCGUAGCGACAUUACGAGAUUUUCGAGACACCCUGUACGAAUAUUUCUCCCCGCAACAGCCGCGAAUCGUGUGGAAAUUUCAGAGGGAUUCGAGGACACGAGAGGCGGGCUCCCGCUGCAAAUAUUCUCGCGAGACUGUGGGGUGGCUCGAGCCAGGCCUCGUAAGGGAGGGAACGCUGGGAUUGAUAGCUGCCUCGGGAGGGUGGCUUUUUUCGGAGGCCGGCCAUCACGCUUGUUCGCAGAUAUGGCGUCGGCUGACAACGCUCCACUUACAGACCAAACACUUCACCCUUCUUUCCAGGAGGAAAGUGGCAGCAAUCGAAUUUUCGCCUAGAAACUUUCGAACCGUUCCAACAUUUGUUUCGUUGUAAAAAUUAUUUAUCAAAAACGAUGAAACAAAAUUUUAUCUUAUUCAAAAUUGGAAAGAACCGCUCUGUCUGGUCGCGACAAAAGGUCAAGAUGAGAAGUAUUCUUGCUAAGAGAAUUGAAUAGAAUUUACUCCAGUGCAUACGAGUUUUGAAAAAAAUAACAAAAGUGUUAAACGCCUCCCUUUUGGAGGAAAAUUUUCAAGGUAAACAUUGUAUUUCACAAAAGAUAACAGAGAAUUUGUCAGCCGUGUUUUGACAUAGAAAGGAACACAUGGAUUUUUGAAAGGACAAUAAGACUGUUAAAUGCCUCUGUUUUGUUCAGGAAAAAACUUCAAUGUAAACAUUUUGUUUCACAAACGACAAAUGAGACUUUUCCUCGUCGCGCAUCCAACAUACAAUUAUUUCUAUUAACACAUUGUUGUCUGGCAAUUUUACACGGAAGCGAUUUCAUGUCACCGGCUAUUAUUUCGUAAUUGAUGUGAUAUAAACCUAAAUACUGAGAAAAGUAUAUUCUAUUGUCAAACAAGAAUCAAAAACCGAGAGAACUAAAUACGAUGAGCAAAACUUUUGCAAUAUUCUAUAUCGCCCUGGGUUUCAUCAAUUGAAAUAGAUAAUACAAGUGCAAACACGAGUUUACACGGUCAACAACGUUUGGGCAUGAAAACACGAGUUAACUCGUGACCGGUCAACAAUGUGUUGAACAACAAAAUUCUCAAAAGCACCCUACCUUGUCCAGGAAGAAGUAUUCCUCCAAAAUUAACAAAACAAAAUCUAUCUCCCAUGUUUUGACGCAGAAGCGAAGGCACAAAUUUGUCGAAAAAAAUAACAGAAGCCUCGCACACUGUUCCCAAUAAUCAUAACCCGUUAUUGUCUCCUCAGGUCAGCAUUUUCCCGAUACAUCUCGUCGCGGUGGAUCGUUCAACGAACAGUGUUCGGAAUCAAUCGCGUUCACUGCGCUCACGCAUGACGCGUUGUUGGAGUCGACUCGGCGCGUAAUCCCGUUAAAAGUCGACUCCCUUUCCCGCAGACUUUACGAAGGGUUCAGGGGGGCCGUAGCUUUAGACUCAGCCGCGUUACCUCGACGAGAGAAGAGUUUCUCCAAAGCGUCGAGCCGGCCAUACGUUCAGGACGCGACGAGCAACGAUUCGGAAUCGCGUCCCAUCGCGCGUUGUACAUAUUCCCCGAGUACGCGCAGAGACGAUCGUUACACCGUUCUAGAUUAAGACAAUCCACUCUGUAGCUGAUAACCGGGAUCGUCGCCGUCGAUCGUCGUUAACGAUCGCCGUUCGAGCAUAAUGGACGUCGUGAAACUGGUCGCGGAAAACCAAAAAGACGUCGAUGACGAGAAUAUCUAGGAAAUACCAUUGGCAGCUGAGAACAGAGAUUGGGAAAAAUUACUUGAGUGAUUUUCCUAGAUACGAACAACGGAUGAAAGAUGAAUAAUUAUUUAUUUAUUACUCGUUGAUUGAGAAUUAGAGUUUCAAUUUAUAGAAUGAGAUUUAUAGAUGUUUGCUAUUGGAUGGUAAAAAGGUGGGGAAGAAAUUGCUGUACUUUGAAUUUAUUGUUUACUAUUGGAAGGAAAUCUUGCUUACCUUUGGUUGAGAAGAGUUCCUCUCGGUGAGGAGGAGUCCAGUAAACCUGGGCCCCUUUUGAUUUCUUCAGCGAGCAGUUUGUUUUCUAACCGAGUGUUUCCCACCUUUCUCUCCAAAUGCAUUCUUCUCAGCUGCCAAUGGUAGGUUCGUCGUUAACACGGAGUAGCUUCGAUUGGAAGACUGUUUCGACUCUCGCGAGCCAAUCGUCGACGAUUCGAGGGGGUUGUUGUCGUCUGGGGCAGCCCCGCGCUCACGAAUCCAAAUACGGCGAUCUUGUGUAUAAAUUCGAUUGUAAAAUAGCAUUUGUUACUACUCUUAGCCUGUAAUGUACAUUAGAGAGAAUCGUCGACACGCUGUUGUAUAUACUGUGUAGGUAAGAGGAACGGCAAUUACGGUGCCGUUCGAUCGUACCACUUCAUAGAAGAUCGUACAGACGAGAACUUUUUGCCCCUAUAUUCGGUGUUCUCCCUUGGACCGGAAGCGAACGAUGGGGUGGCGAAAAGACAGCGCGCGAAACUGUUCUCUCGCUGGUACGGUGUUAUUGACGCGACCUGAGCCUACCAUUUAUUCGCUCAUCGUUUUUCCCCGGAGUCACUGCAUCUCGAACACGUACGGUAAUAUGUACGUUUCACGCUUCAUAAGCAAGGUCUUGGAACGGAUCUAAGAACCAGAAGUCGUCGCGAGAUCCACUAUAUUCGAUGAUCAAGCGAAGGGACUCGGAUGACUUUGUAUGGAUUUGAGCGAUUCAUCCCCUUCUAAACUGCAAUUUAUUAGCUCUUUAGCUCUGUAUCGGCGUAAUGGAUUCGUUGUCUAAUUUCUGUUAUUCUUGUAGGUAAAUUUGAAUGUUGAAAUGUUUUGUUCAAACCUUUAUUUUCCUUACUGUUAUUAUAGGAUACUUUUUCACUUCACAAAAGCUUAAAUAUUGAAGUCAAGAUUGUAUAACAGCACUCCAUCUGCACUUCCUUGCAUAUCUAUUGUAUUUAUUUUAUUAACAAUUCGUGCAAUAAGGACGUAAAAUAAAUAAAAAUAUUUCUAAAGCUUAACUUUUUUCUCUAGGAGUACUCUGUACUUAAAUUCUAAUUAAUUCUAAAUAUUCUUCAGAGUUUUAUAGCUGUCUUAAUCUCAAAAUUCUUCAAGUAUUUUAAGCAGAGGAAACUUUCUAGCAACGUGUAGCUACAGAAUAUUUUUUUCUGGAGAAUGGAGAUUCGUGGAGUUGGUCAAUCGAAGGCAAAAAAGUUUCCGCGAAAAGGUGAAUAUCCCGCGGCGCGAGUACGCACGUAGUAUCGCGAAAAAUUAUAGUACAGGGUAAUUUGAUAUAUAUAUGCACUACCUCAGACAAGGCUUUUCGCGCGAUAUAAAAUUCGUAAUUAAUCGCGUGAGCAAUAAAAGAAAGGGAAGAAGAGAGUAAAUUUUCGGAGGUGGCGGAAGGGCGCGCAAACGUUGUCGCGAGAGACCACUCGAGAUUUUCGUACGGUCGACGUACUUACACAGUCCCCUUCAUAAUUAUUCAAACUCUGCGUGUCGCCAGGUACAACGAUUACAUUUUUCACGCGAAGAACAUUUAGUCAUUUUUUCAUUUCCAGUGUUAGAAAGUGGGAAUCGACAAUCAACAGGUUUCGGAACGGGAAAAGGGUAACACUAAAUAGAUUUUCUCAAUUUUUUAUUUUGUAAAUGCGCGAACAUCACAAAACGCAUUCAUUUUUGUUCGUACAAAAUCAAAAAUAACUAUAGAAUUGGUUGUAAACGUAGAUUCCAGUAUUGUUUAAAUAUUUAUAAACGGUACACUACACACGGGUGUAAAUAAAUAUUUGCUACGGUUUUCGCACGUAAAUUUACGCGUAUAAAUUCAUGGAAGUGUGUUUCAAAAAGCUGCAGUAUUUAUAUUGACUUCAAACAAUAGUUUAACAAAUUUUUAUUUAAUAUUAAACAACUAUAGGCUGAUGUUAUACGUGAUCUAUUAUUCGAAUAAAAUGUCGCCUAUGUCGUUCCGACCGUUCCAGGACUCUUCUUCGACCACAUUCUUUUCCCUCCACGACUAAACCGCCACGAGCAUCCACGCAUAAGUAUAAUGAAUGUUACAAGCAGAGCCACUUGUUUAUUAGAUUUCGCGACUCCGACAUCCGCCAAGCAGCUCGCGGAAAAGGGUCGAUCCCCUCGCGAUUGAUCUCUCCCGUCGCGUGAAAUCGGUUGUAACCGAACUAUAAAGAUUUAUCAGCAGUCAAUAGGAUAAUCACGUGUGAUUGCGUCGAGACAAGGCACGAACGAACGACGUAUCGCGCGUGUCGCGAUGCUGUCACAUGGAAAACACAGCGUCUUGCGAUAUUAUAUGUACAAAUUCGUUUGAACGUUUUUUACGCGAUGAACGUAACCAUCGAUACACGCAUACCACAACACGAACACAUACGACGAACGGGGGAUUGUACAUUAGUAAAUUUAUAUUUUUGGAAGAAAACAAAAACAAAGUAAACCGCAUUGAAGAGAGCGAAAAUCUCUCGCGGUGCACACUGGCUUCUCGAGCGUUCGAGAGCCUCGAUUUCGAGAUCGUACACUUCGUUCGGAUCCGCAUGUACCACUUCCUCGUUGACACCCUCACCGAGAACCAAAAGGGCACCGAGCCCAGCUUCGAUAUUCAGUUCCUACUGUUCAGCUCGUGAAAAGACGUAUUUGCGUUCCUUCGAGUUACUUUGAAACGAUUCUUUGCAGUAUGAAACAUUCGGAGCACGGUCGAAACGAGAGUGUAGGCCAUAUUGGACCAGCUUAACGUGCAAAGCACAAGAUGGCUGCCCUCGAGUUGUUCACCUACAGUUUUUGACCCUUCGAUUUCUAAAGGAGAUACGUUAAAUCGUUCAUCGAACGUCUGUUUUCGGAUCGUCGAAAGGGAACGAAGACGCUCGAUGAACGAUAUCGUCUAUUAGAGAAGAAAACCGACGUCACCGAUGAUAAGCAGUUUAGUGACUUGCGUUGACGUUUGUCGAACAGAGUGCACCUAGAUGUUGAAUUUUUUUGACGUUGAUACACUUUGUCUCUUCUCUUUUUCAUUACAACGGGCUGCGUAUUCAAAAUAAAAGAAAAAAGAACGUUGGACAGUUCCGUUUUGUUAACAGUAUUGAACCUCGACAGUAUUUGGUUACUAUGACUAUAUAAACGAUAUAGUUGCAAACGGACUAGGUUGCAUCGAAACGAUCACUCGCGUCCCCGAAUCUUCGUAAAUCGACCUGUGACGCGGAAGUGGUCACGCAAGUUUUCUUAUUAUCUGUAAUAAUAAUUGCUAAUAACGAAUACAGUGUAUGAGUAUUAACAAAUUUAUUAACGAGAAUAAUAUAUUAUUGCGACAGUAAUCUACGUAAGUGUUGUGAAUAAUGGAGAUAAUAUUGUUGCUGUGAUUACCUUUAAGAUUGUAAGUAGUAGAAUAUAGAACCACUGUUAGGUGUCACUGUCUCGAUUCAAUAAAUGUUAUUUCAUUUUAAUGACAACGCAA